AUGCCACAUGUCUCGUCGCACUCACACGACUCGAAGCAAGAGGCUGAUGUCGAAUCCAAGGCAAACAUAGCCAUCGAAUUCGCCCACCAAGCCGAGCGGCUCGCCCAGUACACGCCUGAGCAGGAACGGAAGCGUCAUUCCGACUCUACCCAGGCUGUCGAGGCCAAAUUCGUGACAGCUCAGGAUCCUGUCAUUGUCACCGCUAACGGCAGUCGUCUGCCCGCUGUACCCAUAGAUGAAGCAUUGAAACUCAAUCGCUUGAAAGACCAACUUGAAGAUCGCCAGUCAGAUGGCCGCAUCCCCGUCAAAUACACAUCUCGCAAGGCCAGAGAUGGCACGACGCAUGGUAUCCUUGAGAAGGAUGGUGUGUGUCAGAGCAGCGAACCGAGUGCUCCUCUAAGAGAAGCUGUCGCACCUUCACGGACAAACCCCAUGUUUCCACCGCUUCCUACCUAUGGUCCGCCGAGUCUUCUAAGGACGCUGCACUGCUGCUUCUUUAGGACAACGAGCUCUGUCUUGUCUUUCCUAUUCCUUCUGGUUAUCGUUCUAGGAGCCGCAUUCACCAGCAUCCCCCUCGCUUACGAACACAUUCGAUUACGACUUCAGUUCAAGAACCCCGACAAAAGGAGGCCGUUUUUUGAGGAGGAACAACGACGCAAACAGGCUCGCGCAGAAGAAAAUCGCAGCUGGGCAAAAGCCAGGCCUCCUACAACUCCUGCUGAAGUAGAAACUUCUCCUCCACAAGAUGGUGAAUUUGUACCUACGGAGGGCGGUCCAGAUCCUCUGGUCUGCGAUCCUGGAUACUAUGCUCGCCGUGUAGGCUUGGACGUCGAGAUCUUCGAUGUGGAAACUGAAGACGGCUUCAUUAUUGAGUUGUGGCAUGUGUACAAUCCACGCGAGUAUCGUCCAGUAUCGGAGGCUGCCCUUGGGCCUCGUGGACCAGACGUCUUUGGAACUACCACAUCGGAUCCGGCCUUUGGCGAGGCUGAACGUGCGUUCCCCGCAGGAAACAAAAAGUAUCCCGUAUUGAUGAUUCAUGGUCUUUUGCAAUCGGCUGGUGCAUACUGUUGCACUGACGACGACAGUCUCGCGUUUUACCUCGCUAAGAGCGGUUACGAUGUCUGGCUCGGCAACAACAGAUGUGGCUUCAAGCCUCGACACACUCUGCUCGAAUACGCUGAUCCGCGCAUGUGGUCUUGGAACAUUCGUCAGAUGGGUGUUUUGGAUCUCCCGGCUCUCAUCUCGCGCGUCCUAUCAGAGACUGGGUUUGAAAAGCUGGGUUUGGUCUGCCACAGUCAAGGCACCACGCAGACUCUAGUUGCCCUUGCCAAAGAACAACGCCCGGAUAUUGGCGAGAAGAUUUCGGUCUUCUGUGCGUUAGCACCGGCAGCUUAUGCUGGGCCAUUGAUCGGCAAGGCAUACUUCAAAUUCAUGCGUAUGAUCAAUCCCGACUUCUUCCGCUGUAUAUUUGGUAUCCAUGCUUUCAUUCCGUUUAUGAUGCGGAUGCACAAGCUUCUUCCAGCCAAAUUGUACGGCGCAAUGGGUUACCGCGUGUUCAGCUUCCUCUUCAAUUGGACCGACACUAGGUGGGAGAUCAAUCUGCGCGAUCGGUUGUUCCAAUUUGCGCCCGUUUAUGUCAGCGCUGAGAGUAUGCGCUGGUGGCUCGGAAGAGAGUGCUUUGCAAAGCAAAAAUGCAUCCUUGCCACAAGAGAAGAAGGCCGCAUGGAAGACGAAGAAGACGAAGAAGAGGAUGAAGUCAUUCGUCGUUACUACGAUGGCGAACACACCGACACGGAAAAGUCUCCUGAUCGGGCUGGCGAAGAACGACAUGGCAGAGAUCAACUUGGUCUACAUCAUCAAGACCGUGAUAAGAGUGAAGAGCGAGGCCAGUAUGCCUGGUUCAACGAACAAUUUCCCCCACUGGCCAUGUGGGUAGCCGGCAAUGAUGAUCUGGUCGAUGGACGACGCCUCCUUAGACGCUUUGAUCGUGGCCGCGAACCCCAUGUCAAUGUCGUGCACAAAAAGAUCAUUGAAGGAUACGAGCAUCUCGAUGUCAUUUGGGCCAUGGAUGUCAUCGAAAAGGUUGGCAAAGAAGUCAAGGAUGUCAUCUGGUCCACUGCGUCGGAGGAAGCUCGCAUGCAGUGUCGAACACCGGUUGGCUGCGAAGACAAGCCUGAUCUCCAGGAGAAGACGAAUGGUGAUCUGGCCGAUAGCUUCCACGAUGAGAGGAGCCCACGCGGAAUGGAUGUGGAUGUCAGCAAAGCAAAUGCCGAACCAAAGAACCAUGGCCCCGUCAGUCCUACUCAAGUCGAUACCACAGCAGGAGAGUGGAGCAAUGACUUGAGACAUGAUCGCGAGGAGGCCAAGCACAAUGCACAUGAACAAGAUUAA